AUGCGGGUGAUCCAAAGGGAAGCCCUGGGUAAGGUGCUCCAGUUUCGCCCCGACGCUCUCUGCACCCUUUGCUGGUCCCUGGCGCGCACAGCGACAGGGACAGCGAGAACGCUGGAGGCGCUGGGACGGCGUGGCGAGGAACUGCUGCGGCCGGCACAGGACAGCAUGCGCGCAGAAAAUGUAAGUAUGUUGCUCGAAGCCUUGAGCCUCUCCCAGCACUGGUCCCUCUGUUGGUCGCUGCUGGACGCCUCCAUCGCCGCCCAGCGACGCCUCGACGGCGCCUGCUUCGGUCAGCUGCACUUCGCGGCGCGCGGCGCACAGAUGGAGCGGUCCGUCUUGCAGCGUUUCGCCCAACAGAUGCAACGCUCGAGCCCGAUGAUUGCAGCAUUGGCUGAAGGGGCUGACGUCGAGGAAUUGAUGGCACGUGCUCGCUCUCUGGCAAGGCAUGGAUAUGCCAAAGAGCUGAUGCUUUUGCAACACGUGCUGCGGCAAAAGAACCAGGUUGUCUCCGUGUGCGAAGCCAUGGAAAGCUUCGGUCGAGGGCUCCAGGUUUCCAGCAAGUGGCUGAAGAUCGCGGGUGGCGCGAAGGCCCAAGUGCUGCAAAGUGCUAUGGCCAUCAGCCCAGCCGCAGGAAUCACCUUGGAACUGGGUACCUACUGCGGUUUCUCUGCCUUGCACCUGGCCAAACGUAGUCGUGUGGUGACGAUCGAGGCGGAUUUGGGUCAUGCUCUCAUUGCGCAGAAGGUCAUUGAGCAUGCGGGAAUGUCACAUAAGGUGGAAAUCAUCACUGGCCAUACGGAAGAUGUUCUGCCCUGGUUGCCUCAACACUUGGCAGGUGAGAUGGUGAGCUUCGUCUUCAUGGAUCAACGAGGAUCCAGGUAUCACGAGGAUUUGGAAGUGCUCAAAAGCUCUGGACUGCUGAUGGACAAAGCAGUGAUUGUAGCAGAUAACGUGCUGAAACCUGGAAGUCCCAAAUUUCUGUGGUCCAUCGUGCGUGAUUUUGAUCAAAACGCCAUCGUCGAGUUGGAAGAGUAUGCCAUGGAGCAGGUGAAAGAUUGGAUGACCGUAAGUAUUUUCCGAGCCGGCUCCAUCAAACGUCCCAUGCUGGAGAUGGAGCCACCAGAGCACAUCAGAGAGUUGGACUUUGAGGCCGUGGUGAUGGUGUUGUAUGGUUUCCUAUUGAUGUUGAUCACUGUGUGGCUUCUGCGUGGGUUGCCAAAGAAAGCACCACAAGACGCAAGUGUCAAGGAUGGCUGUCCAAGGUCAUGGCUGAUCUUUCUAUGUACAACCUAUGGCUUCAUUUUCUGUACCACAGAUCAGUAUGUCCCAAGUCUUCCACAGAUGGGUGUGGAUCUUUCCGGCUCUCAAGGCGUCAUGAGUGCGACCGUACAGUUGAACUUCAUCGUGAAAUCCAUCGCCGGACUGGUCACAGCUGGUAUCUCUGAUCACAUCGGGCGUCGACCUGUGACUCUCAUUUGUUUGUCUCUGUUAGCCUUUGCCACAUUCGGCUGUGCAUGUGCUCCUAAUAUCAACUGGUUUCUGGCGUCGCGCUUCCUACAGGGUCUGGGCGAGGCUUUAGAGCCCGUGAUCUAUGCAGCCUGUCGAGACUAUUUCUCAAAGAUCGAGGAGCGGAUUAUGGUCAUUUCCUGGAUCAAACUCAUAGGUAUCACCGGUCAGAUUGUGGCUCCAAUUUUUGGCGGCUUUGCUAGUGCGCUGUUGAAUUGGCGCUUCUCCUUUUUCUGCUUGGCCGUCGUUUGGGCAGCUUCUGCUGCUUAUGCGGCUCGAUAUAUGGUAGAGAGCUGCCCGGACAAUGAUGAUGCAAAGGCAGAAGGCAUUUAUUUGAGCGGCAUUUGGAGAAUCUUAGCACCAGCUUCCCUCUGCAAUUUGCUCACGCAAAUGUGUGCCAUGACUUCGUUUUCAGUCUUCAGCGCCAACAUCGGGUACGUUGCACAGGUCAGUUACGGCCAAUCCUCUAUCGCCACCGCGACGAUUCUGCUGGUCUGGGCGGUUUUAGAUGCCUUGGGUGUAGGUGUCAUGCAAUCCAUACGAUCUGCCUGUGGCAUGUCGAUCCUCCAAACGGGCCGCUUCACGGUGGUGAUGAUGGCUUUGAGUGGCAUAUUGUCAAUGGUUCUGGGGAUCUAUGCUGAGCACCUCUGGUCCUACUUGAUCGCAUGUUUCUCCCAAUCGCUGUGUCUUGCAGCCGCCCUGGUCCCUUUGAACGUCUUGUACUCUGAGCCCUUGGAAGAUUGCGCUGGGCUGGCUGCCUCUGUAGAACUGACGUUAAAAUAUGUACCGCCCUGUCUCUACUCCAUGAUCUGCACACAAACUUUGAUCAAUUCAGGGGUCCAGAGCUAUAUGAACCUGCAGUCCAUAGGCUACGUGGCUGGUCCAGUCUUCUAUAUUGGCUAUGAAGUCUUCCAGCGGCUGCAACCCAAUGCAACUGUCGGUGAAACAAAUGCUGGCGGCAAAGAUCCUGACAAUUCAGAAGAACCAGAAAACUGCAAAUCGUUCGACGUCAACCCUUCUUAAGCAGCCAAACUUUGCGACAGCAAACUAACUGCUGACAGCGCAUGUUGCGGACCCCCC